AAUGACGACAAAAGACGUUGCAUCAACUUCUGUUAAUGCCAAUGCUGUGAAAGUUACUGUAGCAUGGGAUUACCAGAACAUGAAGAACGCUAGAAGCUGAUAUAGUGAUCGUAGGUGUUGGUGCUAGACCUAUUAUAUCACUCUUUAAAGGGCAAGUUGAAGAGGAAAACGGCGGUUUGAAGACUGAUGCAUUCUUCAAAACAAACGUUCCGGAUGUAUACGCCAUUGGUGAUAUAGCCACAUUCCCAAUGAAACUCUACAAUCAAAUGAGACGUGUUGAACACGUUGACCAUGCUCGCAAGUCCGCUGAACAGGCCGUUAAGGCAAUCAAGGCCGCAGAAGAAGGGAAAUCGAUUCCUGAAUAUGACUAUCUUCCAUACUUUUACUCUCGAGCCUUUGAUCUCUCAUGGCAAUUCUAUGGUGACAACGUUGGAGAAACCGUUUUGUUUGGAGAUAAUGACCCAAAAUCGCCGAAGCCGAAAUUCGGAAGCUAUUGGAUUAAAGAAAGGAAAUUGAUUGGAGCGUUUUUGGAAGGUGGAACUUUUGAAGAGAACAAGGCAAUUGCUAAGGUCGCGCGAACGCAGCCUUCUGUUGAGAGCCUUGACGUGUUGUCUAAGGAAGGACUUUCCUUCGCCAGCAAAAUUUAGAAAAGAAAACCAAAUUGCUUCUAGGUUCUGACUUCUGUUGUGUGUUU